AUGGACCCUCGGGUACUUGAAGACGUCAAGGCAAAAUGCCCAGAUGUGACUUUAAAGAAGAUUGACAUGGAAAAGGUGAUAAUCGAAGGAACCAGGAAGAAUGUAUUGGAGUGUUAUUGGCAGUUCCAGGCUUCUACUGAAGCUGCUGCUAAGGAAUAUGUUACCGAGACCAUUAAUCUUCUUCUGGUGUUUCCGUGCUAUGUGGAUGGAAGGAUUGAAAACGAGGAAGACGUAUGGAUAAACGAGGGGCCAGGCAAAGACAAACUCGAGAUUACUGGAAGGCCUGAAAACACGAGAAUUGCUAAAGAAAGAAUACUCAAGGAAACACUGGAGUAUACCGUGGUCAAGAUCACCAGUGACGAAUUGCACAAGAAUAACCAUCAGCAUUCGAAACAUUUGAGAGAGAUUUUGUUCGAACCGAUUCACGAUAUUCGAACACGCCAUGGUGUCAUGGUCGGCGGGGAUGAUGAUCUGGAGAUUAUCUUAUACGUCGCUGGCAAAAACAGCCAAGGUAUAUCCAAAGCCAAGGAGGAACUCAUUGCAGCUAUCAAGAGCGUUUCUCCCCUGGACGUGAGGGUUAUUGACGAUAUAGACCCAUUCUUUUUAUCGCCAGAAUGUAGCACCAGUCUUGCAGUAUUCCUUUCUCGAAUCGGUAUCUCAAAUCAUGUUUCGUAUGAGUCCUUCCCCCACAAGCGAAUAGUCUUGUAUGAUCAGGCAUUGAAUUUCUCCACAGAGACUUCGGUACCAAAAGAACCGUUGGAAAAGCGUUUGGAAGCAGUUGAUCGAAAGCUAGAUGCGUUCAGAGAAAUGCUGAUUGGUGAAUUCACCUUUGCACUUGCUCCUGGCCAAUUAGAUAUAAUGCACGGUCCCAACGGCAGCACUCUCCUUUUGUUGAAGUCAAAGUUCCAAGAAGACUUUGGUAAAGAUACCGACGAGGUCUAUUUUAAUGGAGACUUUGAAAUGGACUUCCUUCACCCCAAAGGGCCGUCUUCUCCUUGUGAAGGUAUUCAUAUUCGAGGUUUGACGACAAUGCUUCCUGCUAUUGAAAAAGAGUUCUGUUACGUUUUGGAGAAUGCAUCAGGUCCAGGUGAGAUCAUCACUGUGUCUGUGGAGGUUCCAACAUACCUCAUAACGGCGAUUGUUGGAUAUCAUUGGUCUUCUUGGAGAGAAAGCCAAAGGUUUCAUGAAGUCAAGCUUCUCUUGAACGAUUCCAAAGGCAAGAUAAGCAGGAGCACCAUUACAGAUAAGACUGUCACCACUCCGGUUUUCUUGAAAGGCGUGCACUAUAAUGUUGAACAUGUAAGGAGGGAGUUGCUUAAACAAGUGGAAACCUUGAAAAGCGAGACUAUCAAGAGAAUCCAGGUGGAUCCCAUGUUCCACAAGAGACUUGUAGGGCCGGAAUUCGAUAGUCUCUUCGAAUUCCAGGAAAUUCAUAAUGUCAAAAUGAGGUUCCCUAGGGAAGGCUUGCGGAACCCUGCUCCUCGUGCUGACGACGAGGUAGUCCUUCAAGGACAGCCAGAGAAUAUAGCAAAGGCAGAAGAAGCCAUCAGAGAGUGCCUUUCUUUACAACAAAAAGGAAGCAUUGAAGUCAAGAAGCAAGUGCCUCGACUAUCCAUUGAAGCCAUCGUUCGUAUACUUGGUGAUCAAAUAUGGGAUAACAGGGCUGGUAAAUCAUUCAGCGACUUUGCUUGCCUCGGCGUUGAUUAUGAUAUAAGUGUUGAAGGUGAAGAGGCUACUCUUACCUUAUAUGGGUUGAAGGAUUUGGUUCAGCAGGCUGAACUUGAAGUAACCAGAGCUUUAAAUGAUGAAAUGCUGACUAGCGUUCAUGCCGUGGAAGAGGAAGUUCAAACUUCUGAGCCAUGA